AUGUUCUCCAAAAUCGUUGUACUGUGCGCUUUGGUCGCGGUGUCGAAAGCUGGACUUCUGGCUGCUCCCGUGCACUACUCUCCCGCUGAAGCCGUUUCUUCCCAAAACAUCGUCCGUCAUGACCAGCCCCAGACUAUCCAAUACGCUGCUCCUGUAGCCAAGCUGGCCGUUGCUGCUCCCGUAGCUUACCACGCUGCUCCCGCCCCUGUUACCUACCACGCCGCCCCUGCUGCCGUGUCCUACCACUCUGCCCCUGUAGCCAAAAUCGUAGCUCACCAAGCUGAGGAGAUUGCCUACCCCAAGUACGAGUACAACUACUCAGUAGCUGACGGUCACUCCGGCGACAACAAGUCCCAACAAGAGGUACGCGACGGUGAUGUUGUGAAGGGUUCAUACUCCUUCCACGAAGCUGAUGGCUCCAUCAGAACGGUUGAGUACACCGCUGACGACCACAGCGGCUUCAACGCGGUCGUCCACAACACCGCCCCCACCGCCGCCCCUACUCACAUCAAGGCUGUGCCCGCUCUUCAGUACUACCACCACUAA